GUCUCUGACUACCAAUUGAAUAAAUACUAGUGUCAGAUAGCAAAUUGUUUUAUGGUAGAUUGCUAAAUGUUAAAACGGCUUGCCAUAUAUAAUGUCGAGUCUCUUGAGUUAGUGCAGUGUGGUAUCAGCGGGCUUUAAGAUUGUAAUGUCACUAUAGAAACCGCUGGAAAGAACACAAGAGUUACCAUGACCAUUGCGGACAGGCGUUUAGUGCGUGAGAUGCCUGUGUGUCCGCUUCACGUGCGCUGCAACGCAGCUAUUCAGCAUCUUUCUGUUUAGCCUGCGCUUUGCAUCUUUAUAGCAUCAUGAUAUGAACAUCCCGUUUUAAAGUUUUAUUUGCGGAAAUUCCACGAGAUUUUUUUCCCAAUUUUGUUUGUUGGCUUACUGUUGCGUAACAGAAUGUUGAUUUGUUGAUCAAACAUGCAUGUCGCUUCGACCAUGAGGAUUAUAUGCACUGCGGCACUACACUGGAGAUAUAACAGCAUUGCGCUCUAACUUCUUUACUUUGAUAACUUUCACCUUUUGUGGCCAUGAGUGUGGAGAAGCCAAACUUUCUGUCUCAACCUGAAGUGAAAAAUAUAUAUUUCUAUCGGAAUGGGGAUCCGUAUUACGAGCCCAGGCGUUUGGUGAUCAACGCGAAGAGGGUUUCGACCUUCGACACGCUGCUGCGGGAGGUGACUGGUGGAGUCCGGGCUCCGUUUGGAGCUGUGAGGAACAUCUACACGCCCAAAGCGGGACAUCGGAUAGACUCACUGGAGCACCUGAGGAGCGGAGAACAGUAUGUGGCUGCUGGACGAGAGAAGUUCAAAAAGAUAGAUUAUUUACAGAUAGGAACCAGGAAGAAAAGAACGCUUCAGCCCAAUGGAGUGUUGAAACCUGUUCCUCAGAGUCGUGUGAUAGUGUCUGCCAGAUUCCUCAAACCCAUCAAAGAACCCUGUGCAAUAUUUGUUGUGGCAAAUGGAGAUGUCCUGAAUCCAGCGGUGAGGCUUCUGAUUCCCAGCCGUGUGAUUGGCCAGUUUGAGCGGAUUCUGGAGAUGAUCACAGAGAAAAUGGGCCUGCGAAUUGUGGGGGGUGUGCGGAGCCUCUACACAUUUGAAGGGACUCUUGUUAUGGAUGGAAAGGAGUUAGAAAAUGGACAGUUUUAUGUUGCUGUUGGCCGAGACAAAUUUAAAAAGCUUCCUUACAGUGACCUCCUGUUCAGUAAACCCAUAGGCAUAAAGCGAAUGAACGGGUCAAAAGCAGCAUCACUACCACCUAUAUACAAAUACAGACGACAAAAUGGAGAUGUAGGGAACCAUCAUCUCAGUAAGUCUGAGUAUGGACAGGAGAAGAGCAUUCCUCCGGACCAGAGCUCCAAAGAACAGCUGUCGUCUAUGGUCAGAGAGAUCUCUCAGGCCAGACUCAUGAGCAUACGCAAGAAGAGGAGCGAACUCACAGCGUCUAAUGAGGCUCAGGACAAUGAUGAUGGAGAGGACAGAAGUGCAGAGGAUGACAAGUCUUCACCAGUCGAGCAGGAGGCAACAGAGGCCAGUCAAGAUAUAGACGACUCAUCUAAAACAGAAAUUGAACCAGCCCAAAACACAGAAGAAUCACCAUGUGACGGAGAAGAAGAAGAAGAAGAAGAAGAAGAAGAAGAAGAGAAGAAACAAGAGGAUGAAAAAAAAGAAAUAGAAGAGGAAGAAGAGGAAGAAGAGAAAGAAGAGGAUAGAGAGAUAGAGGAUGAGGGACAGACAUCUGAACAAGAGGCAAACGAAACCAGUGAAGAGACAAAGGACGGAGAAGCUGAUAGAGAGGAUGAAGAAGACAAACAAGUGGAAGGAGCAGAAGAGGAAAACCAAGAGAACACGGAGAAUGAGGGAGAUUCAGAAGAGAAGACAGAAGAGAAGACAGAAGAGAAUCCAGAUCUCAGUGAGGAAGGAUCAGCAAACACUGAAUGAAGGAUGAGAAAACUUAAAGUAGUAGUUCACCGAGAAAUGGUCAUUCUGUUAUUUACUCACCCUCAUGCCGUUCCAUACCUGACUUUUAUGCGGAAUAUAAAAGGAGAUUUUUUGUGGGCUGGGCUGUUGUUUCCAAUAUAAUGAAAGUAAGAUUAUCAAAAUGAAGAUAAUCAGUGAAUAAUUGCUUAAAUAUCUCCUCAUUCACUUACAUUGUAUGGAAAAGAGAGAUCAGCACAUUCUUCAAAAUAUCAUUUUUGUGUUCCAAAGACAGAAAGUCCUACAGGUUUGACUUGGCUGAUGAGUAAAUAAUGACAGAAUGAUCUUUUCUCAGUUGACUAUUCCUUUUAGAGUAAUGAUUAAUGCUUUGAUUACUACUAAAUUAUUCAUAUUAUAUUAUUAAUAUUGUAUUGAGAUUAUAACAAUGUGAACUGAUUUAAUAACAUAGCUUAGCCUGUCAGGAUUUAAGAAAAUAUCUAUUCUCCAUUUAACAUCAUUACUCUACUAAUAUCUGCUAAGCUAGAUGUAAUGUUUGCUAAAUAUAUUUAUUUUAGAUGCCUUUUUUAAACAAAGCUAAAUAUAUAGAUUUCUAUUUCAUGCCUCAUGUUUUAGCAUCUCCUCCAUUGUUUAUGACAUGUGAUGUCAAGUUAUUUGUCAUCAAUAUGAUUAUUAUACUAUCAUUCUAACCGGUUUAACUGAGUUUGAUUAACAUCAGUCCUGAAUGAAAAGCUAAAGUUAAUUAUUUAAUACAUAUUUAAAUACAUCUAAAUACAGACAAGUUUUACA